AUGGCUUCUUUUGGUAAGCAGGUGUUUUUCUUCUUUUUUCUAGUGAUUUUCUCCUCUAUCCAAGCUAGAGAGAGCACGUUCUUUAGUAAGUUCACACAUUAUAGCAUCACAAAAAGCAAUGGUAGGAAAGAAUCCACCAUUUCUUCAGUACCAAUUCAAGCACCUACAUUAGCACCAGCUCCAGCUCCAGCAGUAGACUUUCUACCAGAUGUGCCAUUACUAGCACCAGCACCAGCACCGGUCCUCGGCGAGAUUGAGAAGGGCUAUGGCCUUUUCGGUGAGGGCUCAGGAACUUCCCCUCGUAAGGAGACUUCAACCACCACCACCACCACUGCCGUUGAUGAAAAUGAGCUUUUGAAUGAAGAACUAGAUGGUGUGCCCUUCGACAAGAAGUACGAAAAUAGCAACUAUAACAACAAUGGCUACACUAGCAACUACAACAACAACGGCUACAAAGUUGGCAGUGCUAGAUAUGAGACAGGCAAUCAAAACAACAAUGGCUACACUAGCAACUACAACAACAAUGGCUACAAAGUUGGCAGUGCUAGAUAUGAGACAGGCAAUCAAAACAACAAUGGCUACACCAACAACUAUUACAACAAUGGCUACAAACUAGCUGGUGAAAGCUACGAAACAGAGAAUCAAAAUAGUGAGAAUGGCUACACCAACAACUACAACAACAAUGGCAACACCAACAACAACAACAACAAUGGCUAUACCACAAACUAUAAUAACAAUGGCUAUGAGACUGAGAGACAAGGGAUGAGUGACACAAGAUUCAUGGAGGGUGGUAAGUAUUAUUACCAUGUGAAGAAUACUGAGAGACAAGGGAUGAGUGAUACAAGGUUCAUGGAGGGUGGUAAGUACUAUAGCAAUGUGAAGAAUACUGAGAGACAAGGAAUGAGUGACACAAGGUUCAUGGAGGGUGGUAAGUACUAUAGCAAUGUGAAGAAUGAGAAUUAUUAUCCUGCUAACGAGUACGUGUCAGGGAAGGUAAGCACUCAAAAUCAAGGUUCAUAUGGAAAUGAUGAGAACCCUAAUGAAUUCAACACCAUGGAGGAGUAUGAGAGCCAGGAGGGAUAUGAAGAAAGCCAAGAGGAGUCUUUACCUUGA